CAACCGCGUUUUUCAAUUUGUACCUUCAAACAGCAUGACUCCUUCCAAUUUCUUUAUUCAAAAAUCACCCUAAUUUUUCACGAGUCAACAAAACAAAUUCGCAGUUCCCGUCUCUAUAUAUAUAUAUAUACACACCUCUAUCAAAACUCAAAUAAAAACAAAAAUGGCUACAAACAAUUUGUUUCUUCUCCACCACCACCUCCCCACCGCCCAAAAAUCCCGCCGCGCCGCCAACGCCACCGCCGCCGCCUUCUCCUAUCAGGAUUUCAAGAUCGGUAAGCAUCCAGCCUCACACCGCGCCGUCAAACUGGCGGAAUCCAUCUCACACAUGCUGAAUCUCCAGAUCGAGAAGACGAUCCAGAAGAACCUCGAGACCUCAAAUUCCAACAUCUCGAGCUUCAAGGAGAAGCACGACACCCCGACGACCUCCCCCAAGGAGAACAUCUCCGAGAAAUGGCGCGAGAUCCACGGCUCCGGCGACUGGGACGGCCUCCUCGACCCCCUCCACCCCUGGCUGCGGCGCGAGAUCGUCAAGUACGGCGAGUUCGCGCAGGCGACCUACGACGCCUUCGACUUCGACUCCUUCUCGGAGUUCUGCGGCAGCUGCCGCUACAACCGCCACCGCCUCUUCGAGAAGCUCGGCCUCGCGAGCAGCGGCUACGCCGUCACCAAAUACAUCUACGCCAUGUCGCAGAUCGAUCUCCCCAACUGGCUGAAGCGAUCGCGCCUCGCCGAUUCGUGGAGCUCCGAUUCGAACUGGAUCGGGUUCGUCGCGGUCAGCGACGACGCCGAAUCGGCGCGGAUCGGCCGCCGCGACAUCGUCGUGGCGUGGCGCGGCACGGUCGCGCCGGCGGAGUGGCUCGACAACAUGCAGCAGAAGCUGGAGACGAUCGGGCGGGGCGACGCCAAGGUCGAGCACGGCUUCCUCAGCAUCUACGCUUCGAAGUGUGGUACCACGAGGUACAACCGGUCGAGCGCGUCGGAGCAAGUCAUGACCGAAAUCAAAAAAUUGGUCGACCACUACACCAGAUUGGGGCAGCGCGUGAGCCUCACCAUCACGGGGCACAGCCUCGGCGGCGCCCUGGGCCUACUCAACGCCUACGAGGCCGCGAAGAAUUUCCCCACGCUCCCCAUCAGCGUGCUCUCCUUCGCGGCGCCGCGCGUCGGAAACAUCGCCUUCCGCGACGAGCUCUACCAGAUGGGCGUCAAGACCCUCCGCGUCACGCUGAGGCAGGACGUGGUGCCGCGGAUGCCCGGGAUCGUCUUCAACGAGGGAUUGCAGCGGUUCGACGACAUCACCGGCGCGUUGGAGUGGGUCUACACGCACGUCGGCGUCGAGCUGAAGGUCGACGUCAGAUCGUCGCCGUACCUCAAGAAGGGGCUGAAUCUGAUAGGCUUUCACAUGUUGGAGACGUAUCUGCAUUUGGUGGACGGAUUUCACAGUGCGAAAUCGGAUUUUCGGAUCGAAUCGAAGAGGGAUUUGGCAUUGGUGAACAAGGAUUGCGACAUGCUUGUUGAUGAACUGAGGAUUCCUCCGAAUUGGUAUCAAUUGGCCAAUAAAGGGUUGGUCCAAAACCAUCAUGGUAGAUGGGUCAAACCGGAAAGAGACCCGGAAGAUAUACCAUCGCCGACGGCGGAAUCACACGCAAAUAAUAUUAUUCAAGUUCGAGAUAAUCAAAAGUUUGAAUCACUAUAUGGUAAUUCAUUAUGAUUUAGCUAGACAACUAAGUUUUGUACAUGAAACAUAUGUUAUAGGGUGUUUGGUUAAGCUUAUUUUAAAGAGCUUACCCAGCUUCAAAAACCUAUAAUAAAUAUGAUCUAUGUAGUUUUUUAAUAGCUUAUAAGCUGUCAAAUUAUUGGAUAA